CAGCAUUUCAUUUCAUUUCGUUUCUUUCGCUUGCGGUUAAUACGGUAAGUAAUUCCGUCGCCGCGGCGCCAUUCCGAAUUUAGAACUCUCCAAAACUCUGGGACCGCGAAAAGACCUCCGUCCAUACAAUUCAUUCCAUUCGGUUCAUAUAUACCAUUGACCUACCGCUACUCCUUACCACAUUUAGUUUCCCACCAAGAACUACUCCUGAUCCACCAUGGCGAAAAAAGCAUUGGCCAAAGAUCAAAUUGUGAAGCUCAUCGUGGGCGCUGGACAAGCCAGUCCCAGUCCCCCAGUUGGUCCGGCACUCGGUAGUAAGGGUGUCAAGAGUAUGGAUUUUUGCAAGGAAUUCAACGCCCGGACCGCACAUAUCAACACCGGAGUACCCGUUCCCGCGCGUGUCACUGUUCGUCCGGAUCGCUCUUUCACAUUUGAUCUCCGCACCCCAACGACAACCUGGCUGUUGCUACAGGCUGCGAACGUGGAACCUCGUAAGAAUCGCAUACGUGGAGCCAUGAACCCAGGCCACGAGAUCGUCGGCAAGGUGUCCCUGAAGCAUGUGUACGAGAUCGCGCAAAUCAAGCAUUCUGAGACGAGAUUAUCGGGACUGAGUCUGCAGGGGCUAUGCAAGAGCGUCAUUGCCCAGGCGAAGUCCAUUGGCAUUCAGGUUGUUCCCUAAAUGGGACGGGGACAAGAUCGACUGUAUAUUUAUUUGACAUCCCUGAUGCUGUGCGAGUGCUGCGACUACUGCCGUGAAUUAUGAUACUGGCGUUCUUGGGUAUGGAGUCUGUUUUCAAUUGUACUAUAAGAAUUGCAUGUGAUAUAGAAAGCGUUGUCAGAUAUCUGAAGCAUCUGCACAUGGGUCAGGCCUUUUGAGGCAUGAGACAGAUGAAGCUAGCCAUCUAUGUGCCGUCAUCGGUUUUCUGAUUUGAGAAGCACAAAACCAUGAUUGGGCACCUUGAUAGCCGAAGUUGAUGUAAAAGCAUUCUGUGACGUCUAUUCCAGACUGAGCAAGGAUGGAUAUGCAUAUAUCUCUUUACAUCCCUUUCCCAUGAUGGCAGAAAAAUAAGGAGUCAAACGAUAUAUAUUACACGAUGAGUAAACCAAAUAAAACGAAAUAAGAUGAAAGUAACGGGGAAAAACAUAAAUAAAGAUAAAAAUAAAAA